AAAACGUUAAGAAAAAAAAAAAAAAAAAUACAAUAUCAUCCCCAAACACAAAACAAAUCAAGGAUAACAUUAUUUUUGACCCAACUCUGACUCCGUGUGUCCCCGUGUUGUUGUGAAAGCCGCCCGAAAUUUCGUGUUCGGUAUAUUCGCAUUCGUAUAUUCGUAUUCCUCUGCCAUCUACACUUGGCUAAACGGGACAAUUGGAUUGAUUUUCUUGAAGAAUAGCUAAAGAAUAGGACCGAAGAGGAAGAAGAAGAAGAAUCACGAGAAGAAAUUAGGAAGUGGGUUGUCGUUGUAUUGUGUGUUUGUGUGUUAUCCUUCAAAAAAAAGGACUAGAAGCUGUUGGUACUGUUUCAGCUCCUGCCUCUCUCAGGAUUCGAUUAUGGCAAAGGAUACAGCACAAUCUCGAAUUCCCCGUUUAGAUGGUGUCACAAAAAUUCCCCUCCCUGGAUCGAUACGUAGUCCGGCAAUUCAAAUACGACGUCCAACAUCUUUCACAGGACUUCGUCCCCCAUCGCUAGCUAUGACAUCAUUGAAGAAAUCCCUCUCCGGGGAUCGAAUUAGUGAAGCAGCCAGCAUAAUGGGAAAGCGAACUGCCACAGCCGUACGGAAGUUUCUUACAAAGCCUGAAAAAUCAGCUCCACACAUAGAAACGAUGACGAGGAAAUUUACUCCACCAGCUCCCAUACCGGGUACUAAAAUGAUGAUGAGUCGAAUUAAAACACCCUCCGAGUCAAUACCCAUUACCCCUACUCAAAAGCUGACGCGCUCUGACACAUUUGUACGGGAAGACGGUGAAAGUGAGGUUAUACGAAUGGCCCAAAGUUCGAUUGUCGUACAGUCAUCGGCGACCGCGUCGUCGCCAAUGAUUGAUCUUUACAUGACUCACUCACUAGAUGGCAGUAGUGCAAAGGCGGCACUGGGAGAUACCAUGACUGUUGACAGUGGUGGUCAGUAUUUGUGCAGAACUCAGACUCUUGAUAAAUCAAACUCUGGAACUCCUAGGCCCUCAGACAUCACAGUCAGCCUGCACCGAUCACGGAAUCUCAAUAGCACUCAAACACUAGAAAAAGCACUUGGUAUGACCUUCCGACAUGGAACACCGACCUCUUGUUCGAUGAAACUCGAUGAAACCCGUUUCAGGACCCACAACAUGGAUGCUUCAAGUCUGACCAAAGAUCUCACCCGAACAAUUUACUCGCCGAAUGAUGAAGAUUUCUCCUCCCGUAAAGACGGAACAGUAACCAUCGAUAAGUGCUCAAACCUAAUUGACCUGCAAAGCUGUGAAAACCUCUUGGACAUUGAUAUCUCAUCUCUGGACCCCGAUUCAACUUUGAGACCUCAAGAUUCAGAUGAUUCCUAUAAAAACUUGGUCAAUAUAACAAUGGAAGAUACACUGCCAUUGGCUCCUGACAAAAACAAUAUGAAACUUGUACUGAAUUCCACCAUGAACACAGAGCGAUUAAUUGACCUCACAACAACGAAUGCAACAAUGACGGUGUCACCGCUAGCUCGACACCAACUUAUGAACAUAACUCGAGAUUUGAUGGGUUCCCCAUGCGAUGGGAAUCUCAAGAACAAUACAAAUCUCUUGUAUAUGUCGAGGCGUGAGGACAAUGGCCAAUCGCCGAACAGCGAACCAAUGGAAGUGGAUCGGGGUAGUCAGGAAUUACUAUUGGAUAACCCACCUUCGCAAGCUUUGCAGGAAUUGAAACAUCAUAAGCCGAGAUUUUCAUUUGGCUUGGAUUUGACAGAGUCAACUUUGGAUUGUUCGAUUGAACUUUGUGAUGUGUCGUUGUCAUCGACUAUUCAGUCUGCUAUUGGGACAGCAGCAGGAACGCCACCGUUAAAGAAGCAGAAUUCUUUUGAGAUGGAUGAGAGUUUGGGAAUUUUGACACCAGAUCAGAUGAAGGAAUUCCUUGAUUCUACUACAACAACAACGAACUUGGAUCUGCCGCUGGGAAUGAAUCCGAAAAUGGCUUUCCAUCAGAUGAGAAUCGAUCAGACUCCUUCGCCGGAAGAUCUCCCAUUGGAUCCGGUGGAGGUGAAGACCGAUGUGGAGCAUGUUGUGAUUGAGAUGACAAAGACCCACCAGCAACAGCAGCAGAGUAAUACCAAUACUUAUAACGAGAUCUCUCAGACCGAUACGGAAUCAAAGACCGAUCAGAUGACCAAGUCGAAUGUCUCGAAAAUAUCCACGAGCUUUAUCACGAGUGUGACAAGUGUCACAAGCUUGGAUACCGGCUACCAGGGUGAUGGAGAGAUGUCGCGGCCAGCGUCACGUGGUGCAGGUGACCAUUCACCCUCUAACGGCCCUCAUAGGAAGCCAGCUCAAGUCAGCCGACAGCCAUCAUUCAAUCAUAAUCACCCGAAUAUCCCAAUUCGCCGACAAGAUCCUAUGACUGAUUCGGAUUUCUUCACCGAGAGCGAUGCCGACGACGUAUUCCAUCGGGGAGAUCGCCGGGCGCAGGUGAUCGAUGGCCAAUUAUACGGGCCCAUGUUGCAGCCCUCAGCGAGUGUCUUUAUAUCAGAACAGCCGGAGCAAAUGGAUGACUCAUGCAUGGAGUCAAGUGGCAUAUUCACCGACGUCGAAAAUAGAUGCGAUGAAGAUAUCUCCCAGAUGCGUGGCGGUGAUAUAGACAUGUCGCCAGACGAUGGCUCUACAGAUACUGUUAAAAGCAACAAAAACACAAGCAGCGAUCCCGAAAAGUCAUCACAACAACAACAACAACAACAGCAACAAACACCACCACAGCCUGUUAUCGAAAGCGAAUUCCGUUCCGCAUCGCCACUAAGUCAAGGUCAGUGGAACAACAUGCUAACCGACAGCCAGACAUCAUCCACCAUCCAAAGUAGCUUUAGCAGCAGUGAUCGCAUUAGCAUGACCACAGACUAUAACCCGACGGGUAACUCCAAAAGGAACAACUCGUCGUGUGCGGUUAGUGAAACCAACAAAAGCUCUGUGGCCUCGUCCAAUGAAGCUCUCUGCAGCGACACUACUACAAAAGCUUCGGCCGCUGAUCGCAGCACAGGCGCUAGUGAUCUUACGAUCCACACAACAGUGAAGAAGGUGAGUCCGCCGCGAAAGCAUGCAUCACUCUCGUCACUGUGUAGCAGCAGUUGUAGCAGUGUAGUUACAAAAAAUGACACCAAAAAUAGUAAUUGUAGAUCUACGGCGAAUUCAACGAUAAGCGGCGAAAGGCAAAAUCAUCAACAACAACAGUUAGGAUCGGCAAAAUCAAAUGCGUCGGUAUUUAAUAAAAGUAAUAGUAACGUCGUCGGUGGUAAAAAUGGUUGUGAAAUGCCGGUAAGGGCUAAUACUACUGCCAUUACAACAACAAAACAACGAUUUCCGCUUGGCGCCAAUAAUAAUCAACAUCAUCAACAAGAGAAUAAAAAUCCGGGCGGUUCCGGUUUGUCGGUUGGAUCGUCGCGUAACGGUAGUACGGCGGGUAUAUCGAUUCUAACAGGUGGCGGUGGCUCGGUAUCGGGUUCGGGUUCGCCGACAUUGCGUAAAAUUUCGCCCAAUAAGUGGGACGCGGUAAUGAGCAAAAUAGCGGUAAACAAAAUGCAAGUGAAGAAAAACUAUAGUGAAGUGAAAUCAAAAGUGUCCACUGGUGUAUUGAGGCGUUCGCCUCCAGGUGGUGUUGCAAAUGGUGUAAAUAGUGCAAGUGCAAGUAAAGUGUCAACACCGUUACAGGAUAACUCACCAGUGGUGGGCAAUAGCAAUUGUUCAAGUGGAUUAGCAUCACCGCACACAAAGAGGAUUACACAAGGCGCUGCAAAACGGGGACGAUCCUACAGUAAAGACAGCCAACAGAGUUCACAAAGUGAUUUGAGUCUUUCUAGUGGAUCACCUAAAUUACUUGCCAAAACUCCAUCAAGAGCGGCUAAGAAACGUGAUGUACGAAAUCUGAGCAUAUCACCAACAGAUUUAGGGCCACCACCGAAAGCUCAACAAACUACGAAUGGCUCAACACGAACGAAAACAACACCAGCAACUUUAUCACAAAAACGAUCAUCACCAAAUAAUAAUAAUAAUAAUAAUGCUCAGCAGCAACAGCAACAAAAUUUAUCAACACCAAUUGGUUCAAAUACACCAACAUCAGUGGCAUCUGCAGCAGCUUCAGCUACAGCAACACCAACAACAGCAACAACACCAUCAGCACUUAAUAGCACCAUCAACACUCUUAAAGGUUCACCGCCUGCUAAAAAGGUCAUCUCCAGACGUUCGACGACGACGGAGCAAAAAGUGUUGCACUCCAAGACACCACUAAAAGAUCAUAACCGGCUCGUUAGCCAACAAAAUAGUAACAAUACAACAACAACAAAGACACCAAAUGGAGGAGUUGGCAGUGGCAAAAGUGGUAGUGGCAAUGCUGGUAGUGGUAUUGUAUCCACAAGUACUCCCUUGCUAACGGCUACAGAGAAGGCUCUUUUAAGGACUAGCAACAACACUCAUACGCCACCCUCACCCAUUUUGAAUAAUCUCAUUAAUAACAAGCAGCAGCCCAAUGGAAAAUGCAUGGUUGGUAGGAUUGGAACUCCGCCAACAUCACAAGGAGGACAUAUUGUUACAUCAGGGCCAACAACUAUCAAGAAAACACAAAAAGAUAAACCUAAGAUUUUGGUCGAAGAAGAACUACAAGAAGAAGAAUUUGAAGAUUUGGUAGAAGUUGAAGACCAAGUACAUCAAUUACAAAAGAAUAUCAACAAUAAUAAUACAAAUAAUAAGAAACUACUACAGCAACGACAUUCGUAUAAUGGUGGCGAAAUUGUGGACUAUCAUCAUUUGCCGGAAUUUCAAUUCCAGGGCAAGGGAAUAGCAGCUUUAGGAGUUCUUUUACAGUAUUUGGUCUAUGAUUUGGAUGCCUUCUCUUGUCCAACAUACAAGGUUGAAUGUGAAAAUGCCAAACAGAAGCUAAAUAGAACACUUCAUUUAUUAGAUGAAGCCAAAAGUUCCUGUCACGAGUUGCGGGAUCAAAUUUUCGACAAAGAAGCAUAUUACACAAAGCGAGAGCAAGAAUUACAAGAUUUGCAUCGAUGUGAGCUGGAGAAAGUUGAAACUAAUCUCAAGGAAUCUCAAAACAAAGCCAAAGAACAUAUCGCAUCUUUAGAAUCACAAUUGGCUGCCAAAGAUGUUGCACAUAAACGUGCUUUAGAAGAAUUCCAAUCAGCUGCUGAUAUCAAAUAUGAAAAACUCUAUGCUGAGCUUUUAUCUACCCAACAAAAAGAUGAAGCUCUUCGGCAACGUUUAACCGAAGCCAAUCGAAUUGAAGAUCAACUAAAAGAACAACUUCACGAUUUGGAAAAUAACUACACAGAACGUUGCCAAUUGGCAACACAACGAGAACGUGAAUUGGUGGAAAAGAUCAACGGUCUAAGCAAACAAUUGGAAAACCUCAAAUCUAGCACAGAAAAUAGGGCUCAGGAGCUCGAAAACAAGCUAAAUCUUUCCCAAGAUGAAAUCUCUGUUUUACGAUUGUCACGAAGUUUCACCGAUCACAGUUCAUCGUCGGCACAAUCUUGCUCGCCACGAAAUAGUGGUGGUGCAGCUUUGGAAAUUCAAAGGCUACAAAGUGAAGCCGAAAGUUUGCGUUGUGUGCUGGAAAUCAAACAGAAAGAAAUCUCAAAGCUUACAAAGCAAAAUCAAGAGCUGAUGAGAGAUGCCGAUGAGGCUCAAGUACUUAUGGGCAAAGUUUCAACUCUGGAAUCUAGAUGUGAAAUGCUGCAAUCUGAAACGGAACUUAAGGCCGAAAAGGAAAAGGAAAUGCGUGAAAAACUUGAUGAACUCACCAAAGCCUACAACCACGAAGCCGUAGUUCGAAAACGGCUUUCCUUUGACAAAGAAGCCUUACAAUGGCAGCUAAAACAGCGUUCGGAACAACUUCAAAUUGUCGAAUCGAAAUUCCACGAGCAUCUUAGCUCCUCCAAAAUGAGCAUCUACAGUACAGAUGCCACCAUCAAUCAGGAACAAAGUCACAAUUCUAGUCUGUUGAGUCUGAACCGUACAAACGGUUCCGAGCGAAUUCAGUUCCAAAUGGAUGACAUUUCGCCACCAUCUUCCCCAAUCAUCAAAGGAGUCAUUGAAAAGAAUGAAUCUGUUUCGUGGGUGCUUGAGAUGGACGAUGAAACACCCGAAGUUGCUGCCUCAAAAAUGGUCAAACGGGCCGGUUCAUUCCGUUCGGCAGAAAAGUCUCCACAAACCAACAAUACUGCACGGAGACAGCUCUCAGUGAGUGCAACUUGUGGUGGAUUAAUGGCGGGUGGACCGAAUCCAUUGUCCCAAUCGAUGUCGGCCACAUCCGUGAUACGACAACAUUCCAAUGAUGCGGCUGAGUUUUUAGGCCGAGUACACUCACGAAUUCGUUCCAAAUCCGUGAGUGUUAAAAGCGAGCCAAAGAAAGUGAUUCGUCAGAAUUCAAGUGGAAGUUGUCGCUCACGCAACAAUGGUGAUGCCUCUUCAGCGGCCUGGAAAGAUCCACUUUGUGCCAGUUCGCCAUACACACGGAACAACAUUCGCCAAAGGCCUUCAUCAUCGUCAUCACAACAGAGAAGUACACAUCUCAUUACAUGUGACACUUCGACUUUGAAUACCGGAGAGAAGCUUGAAAUGCGUUCUCUUCCCUCUCAUCCAUCGGUGCAUGAUUUGAAAAAGUUGAAAAAAUGUCAAGAAAUUCAAGAAUCUGCCGGCGAGGCUAUGGUCUCUGGGACAAAUUCCGAAGACGAAGGGUGCUCAGCUUCAUCGGAUGAAGCUGUUUCAACUUCAUCAUCAAACGGGACUUCAUCGUCAUCGCUACAUCAUCACAAACAACACAUGUCCAUUGAAGAGGCUUUAUUGCUGGACAAGAUUCAUAGUCUUAAUGGCACUCCGAUGGAAGUUAGCUGGUCUGAUGAUGUCUUUGCCUCUGAAUCAACAGUAUGACACAACGAUGACGAUAGCUUCUAAGAGAAGAGAAGAAUAAAACAGUUUUAAGAUAUAAAAACCAGAAAAAAAAAACAAAAAAAAAAAAAACAGAACCAAAAUGUGAUUGUGAUUGAAAAACCGUCUGAUCCCUGAGGGAAGGACAUUUUUCCAACAAAAAAAAAAAAAAAAAUAAUAUGAAUUAUAAAAAACAAAAAAAAAAAAACAAAAAUUGUUUGAAAAACUUUUUUGAAGAAAAAAAAAAGAGAGCAUUUCUGCGCAAAAAAUUAUAUAAAUAUUGAAAAAAAGUUUGACUUUUGUAUAUAAAUAAAGAGAAAAUGAAAAGAGAAAUUUAAUGCAAAACAAAAAAAAAGAGAAAAAUAAAAAUACAAGAGAAGCAACUGAGAGGCAUCUUUGAAAAAAAAGCUCAAAAGCUCUGGCUUAUAAUAGUAGUUCUAUAUAGAAAUUAA